AGGCUGUUCGUUGUUGAGGAUCUGUCACGGGACGUCAUUGAGCUGCUCGGCAACGAGUUAGACAUUGACCCCCAUUUUUUCAGAGGUCACAUCAGUGACUAUUCGUGGUUUAACACACGUGACAAGUGGGUUGAGAUUCCGGAACUACCAUCGAUCGCCCAUAGCCGGAACUACUUCACACUGAAGUGGAUGCAACCACGGCGGUUUGAGAACAAGGAGGCGUUGACGGGAGCGAGGACAGAAGCUGGGCGGUUCAACGUUCUGCGGAGACUGGACGACGACAAAAACCAGAAGGAUGAGCUUGAUGGCAAGGGAACGUGCUUUGCUUGCGUGCGCAGCAAAGCUUCGUUCUGGUUCAGCCCUGCCGAGCCUGGCAGCACGGGGCCCGUUGGUGUACUGUUAAUUGACCCGUCUAUCAAACAGGGCGCUCCAUUGUGGGCAGUGAACCGUCGGUAUGACAGGGCGCCUUCAAACAGGAGCAGGGCCUCGCAUGAGCCACCUCCGACAGACCUCUUUGACAAAGUGGUAUACUGGACCCAGCGCAUGUCAAAGGAGCAGAUCGCAUCCAUCCGAGAAAAUCCCAAGGUCAUGGUGCACCGGAUGCUCCAGAUCAUCUGUGGUGACUGGCUGACACUCUGCGACGCUUACAUCCCGACGCGGCUCGCACAAGUCGACUGGGAGUUUCAGAAUCCGGACUUCAGCGCCUAUAAGAAAGGCAGCGAGGCGUCUCUGGCCAUCAAGGCAUCGCUGGCCAAGGUGUUCCCGUGGCGACGCUGGAUCCCAGGAUACAAGACCAUGGUGACGGAAGCGAUGGCUGCGGUGUUUUCCGACGAGAAUCCAACCCCGAGACACGACUGUAUUCAAGACCUCCGUCGCGACUUCAAGGCCGUCGAGGCGAGCAUCGAUACCCUGCAGCAGCGCAUCGAUAAUAUUCAGAGCGUGGCGAUGGCGUCAAUUAAUAUCGAAGACAGCCGCCAGGCCAUGAUGCAGAAUCAGUACUUUGGGCGCCUGGCAUAUCUGGCCGCCAUCUUUGCGCCGCUGUCGUUUGUGUCCAGUCUAUUUAGCAUGAGCGGCGACCUGUCUGGAAUCAAAGGCACCGUGUGGCUUUACUUUUGCGUUGCGGUGCCGCUGAGUUUGUUGGGACUGCUUCUGGUGGACUGG